GGACGCCUUUCAAACCAACAGAGAGAUGGCGGCAGCGACAUCGCGCACGGCGCAGCAGGUUCUCACGGCGGUGCGCAAGGUGCUCGCGGGCCACACGAGAGCCGACGAGCGGAAGCGCGCGGACGCCUUUCUGCAAACCUUCCAGCGCACGCCGGAGGCCAUUCCCGUGAGCUUGGCCUUGCUCGCGCAGAGCGACGACGUUCUCAAGGAGCACGAGCACCUCUUCGUUAUCAACACCAUCUAUCGUGCGCUGUGCAGCCGCGGGUCGCGGGACCAUCCGCGCUUCAAGUCGGACGCCUCGGUCGGCGCGGCCGAGCUCCUGCGCCCGUGCUUUGCGCAGCUCUGCACGCACAUCCAUGGAUCGAUCACCAACCACACGUCCUCUCUCAUUGCGAGUCAGUACGCGUGCUGCGUGGCCGUGUGCAUGCUCUCGACGACCGAAGGCGACGUCCUAACAACGCUAAGCGCACUCUCGUCAACGGUGUCGCUGCCCAGUAUCGCCGUCGACAUGGCUGUCAUCACGCUCCUCCAGCUGCUGCCCGAAGAGAUCCAAAACAAGCGCCUCUUGCUUCGCAAGGACCACCGGGAAUCCUGGGUGGCGUCCGUCAAGACCGAGUCGCCGCAGGUGCUCCAUACGCUCGAAGGCUGCUGGGCGAGCCAGGUCGCGCGCCGACCCAACACGCUCUGUGCCUUCCACGCCCGCCUCGAAGAGCGCAUCCUUGAAACCUUUGGGGCAUGGAUCGUCCAUGGUAAAUUGGCCCCCAACGCGAUUGCGUCAUCGAGUUUGCUUGCUGCUGCAUGCGACGUGGCCGCCAAGAUGGCGCCCGAGAGCGACCGCAUCUUGGACGUCCUUCAAGACAUUGUCGGCACGUGCGUCGACGCCUCCUUUGCGCCACUGCUGUCGCCGCUGCUCGCGUUUAGCACGCGCCUCGGGUCCCACGCUUUGGAAACCGCCCACGACCUGCGCCCCGACCUCCUCGUUGCGAUCGCGGCGACAGUGGCGAGCGUCGGCGAGCAAGCGCUUGCCUGUGGUCUCCUCUCGCCCAGUGGCACUGCGAUGCCCCAAAGCUUCCUCGACAUGCUCUUGGCCUUCAGCUCGGUGCACGAGACGGACGCGUUGACCAAAGUAUUUGAUUUUUGGGUCGCCUUCCGCGCCCACAUGGUCGGUGACGGCAGCGACGCAGCGUGCACCUGGGACGCCACGUACAUUCCAACGGUCCUUCGACAUGUAGUUGCGUCGACGUCGCUCGAAAGAACGUCGGACCCGUCCGGUGACGAGUUUGUGCAACACCGCAAGGAGAUGCGCGCGGUCCUCCGGCUCCUCUCGCAGGCGUCGCCCGACGCGUUCCUGCACGAGCUCCUACGCGCCAUUUUCACAGCGUACGAGACGCUCACGCCCCCCUCGGCGCCAAGCGUCGCACUGCCGAUUGAAGCCGCGCUCCAUGCUCUGAGUGCGCUCACCAAGUGCAUUCCCGACAGCGACGAGACGUAUAUGCCGCGCUUGCUGCACCUUCUCUCGGCGCUGGCGUCGCCCGCGCGCACGCUGCAUGCCCGAGCGCUCCUUCGGACGAUCACGGUCUUUCUUAGCGUUGUGCCGACUUGGAUUCGGGCGCAUCCCGCGUCGCUGCCGUGCGUGCAUGACAUGCUCACGCUCGCGCUGUCGUGCGCCGAAGACGACCCUCUCUGUGCGAUGCGCAACGCUGAAGAUCACAUUGGCGCCGUCGCGCUUCUCAAGCUCGCGACCACGUGCGCGCCGCAACUGCACCUGGCGGCCGAUCGCGAUUGGCUCGAGUGCAUGCGGAACGUGUACCGCGCGAACUUGCAGCCGACGCCGCUCCUCUCGGACAAGAGCUUGCGCCUCGUGCUCGAAGCAUAUGCGCGGGUGCUCAUGGGCGCGACCCAAGCCGCGUACCAAGCGUCCAGCGUGACCUACUACGAGGCGGGCACCCCGCACGUUCUCUCGCUCGCGAACUUCAUGUGCGAGCACUUGGUCGCGGCGCUGCCCCACGCUGCCACCGACGAAGCCGCCCAAACCGUAGUGUCGCUCGUGCUCGGGCAUUUCACGACACUCGCGUCGGCGCUGCUCCGCGAGCGCAGCUCGAGUGCUGACCACCCGCUUCUCACUGUGCUUCAAACGCACUGGGCACCGGUCUUCCAGCCGCUACUGACGUGUCACGCUGUGCAAACCAGCGUCAUGGAGCUCUUGGAAACGCUCUUCAAGAGCCUUGAGCGGGACGCGGCGCCGCUCGCGACCGCGGUCGUGCCCCUUCUCGUGCACGCGUAUAGCGCGACGCGACAUCGGUGCGUCAUCGAUACGCUCCAAGCGAGUUUGCGCUGUGCGUCGCCGUCGUCACCGUUGAGCGGACUCCUCCAAGACGCUGUCUUGCGCAUCGUGCAGGACACAGCGCCGACGGCCCUCGCGCCCGACGGCGCCGAUCGCCUUGACGGUGUCUGUGGCCUUGUUGUCGCAUUUGGCAUCCACGAGCCCAAGAUGCUCGAGGCGGCUGGCGUACUGCCACCGCUCCUCGCGCUCCUCCUCGAGGCACUGGUAGCCGGGCCCUACCACGUCCUUGCGGUGCUCAAGGUGCUCAAUGCGCUUUGGCUCUGGCGAAGCGACGCGAUGGCGCCGCUGCAUCUGUACGUGACGUCCGUGCUCUCGGUCGACGUGGCGAUUGCGAUCUUUCGACAGCUCUUGCGCGCGCCGGCCCCGACGACCGACGCGGUCGCGCAGUGUCUUUUGAACGCCCGACGUGCGUUUCCCGCCGAGACGCUGCGCAGCAUUGCGACGUCAGCCGUCCACGACCCUGUGUUUGCCAACGUCUCGCAUCAGACGCAGCGGGAUAUGCUCGAGGCGUACGCGAGCGUCGAUCCCAAGACCGCCACGCCGCGCAAGCUCGGUCGGUUCGUCAAGCUCUUUCAGCCCAAGCACUAAUACACGACGAACAAGGACAAGUUGACGCUAGGUGUAGGGUUAUACAAACAGGGUCGAUAUAUAGUAAAACGGUAAUUCUAGUAGCCAUGGGAGGACGCAUAGUCCUUGAACUGCUCCCAAAUGAGGAACCCGA